AAUUAUCGCCCAAGCAACCCUGUGCUCAGCAGCAGACGAAAGCGACGAACGUCGAAAUUUUCGACCUGAAAAUAAUUUAAAUUCGUUAAACGACAACAACAACACAGAAUGCUGAACGCCGUGUCGCGUGCUUACGUCCGAGGCGGAGCCCAGGCCAUCACCACCGGCCUGCGGGCGAGCGGCGUGGCCGUCAACUCGAUGGCUAACCGCCAGGCACACACCGAUCUGCAGGUGCCCGACUUCAGCCCCUAUCGCCGGGACUCCGUGAAGGACAGUCGUCGCCGCAAUGAGACCGCCGAGGAGCGCAAGGCCUUCUCCUACCUGCUGGUCGGAGCCGGAGCCGUGGGCGGUGCCUAUGCGGCCAAGGGUCUGAUCAAUACCUUCAUCGGUUCGAUGAGCGCCUCUGCUGAAGUUUUGGCCAUGGCCAAGAUCGAGAUCAAGCUGGCUGACAUCCCCGAGGGCAAGUCGGUGACAUUCAAGUGGCGCGGCAAGCCCCUGUUCAUUCGUCACCGCACUGCGUCGGAAAUUGAUGCUGAGCGCCAGGUUCCCACAUCCACGCUGCGCGAUCCGGAAACUGAUGAUCAACGUGUGAUCAAGCCAGAGUGGCUGGUGGUUAUUGGCGUCUGCACGCAUUUGGGCUGUGUGCCCAUCGCGAACGCUGGUGACUUUGGCGGUUACUAUUGCCCCUGCCAUGGCUCCCAUUACGAUGCCUCUGGCAGAAUCCGCAAGGGACCGGCGCCCCUCAACCUGGAAGUGCCCACCCACGAGUUCCCCAACGAGGGCCUCCUCAUUGUCGGCUAGAGGAGAUGCACUCGCCUGCAGCUCUAUUAUCGUUUAAGCCCCAAGAACUACAUAGUGAAUGGAUUGAUGUAAAUUAAUAAAAACAACCAAACAAAACGUCUGAGAGCAUAAA